AUGUCUGUACUACGGGACAUAUUGAGUGCAGUGGACGAGUCUACUUGUGAUCGGUCUGUUGCCCUGAAAUACAAUAAGAGACCACACGCUACAGGAGAAGGUGAUAGGUACGAGGAGCGCAUGCUAGCCUUGGUCUUCCUCCGCUGCUUGAAGCGCAGGCUGCUCUUCCAGUUGUCGGCCAACAAUGGCGAUGCAGGCAGGUUCGACGACUUGGUGCUGGGGUGGCGACCCAAGGACGUCACCAAGGCGCACACCUUGCUGGUGCAGCUCAAGCACAAGACCUCCAAUAACAUGCACAUUGACAGUAAAGAGUGGUUGUCUGAAGACCCCAAACGCAACUUUGGAAUCAGGAAGUACUGUGACUCGUAUGUAAAAGUUACAGAGUCCCUGAAGAGGGACAGAGUCACAUUUGUGUUGCUGACAAAUGCCUUUCUGGAUGACAGUAAGGAUAACAUAUUCGUGAGUGAGCGUGUGGACAGUGUCUCAGGACUAGAGCUGCUGCAAGCUGGUGGUGACCUGUACAAGCUCAACUGGGACAACCCACAGGUGCAGAAGGCAGUGCGUCAGGACCCCAGCUUUGUGAAUCAUUUUCACCUGCUGUGCAAGCAGAGGGAUUGGGAGGAAAUUCUGGGAGACAUUUAUGGAGAGCUGGAAGAGUUGCUGGGCGCGGGUGGCCUCCUAUGCGAAUCCAUCUCUGAGAGUCUGUGCAAGAAUCUCAGGCAGUGGAUGAACAACGAGACUGUGUGUUUGACAAGUGGCUGGAGCGAGUGGCAGAAACUUUUAGACGAAUACAUCAGUAAGGAGGUGAAUGUGUGCAGGUCGGUGACCACCAGACUUAAGUAUUACAGCGUGGCAGAUGUUCGCGGCUACAUACAGUCCUGUAACCCAGCGUGGGUGAGACCUCCAGAAACUGGAACUGCAGCUCUCUCUGCUACAAAGAUCCACCAAGCGCUGGCUCCAGAAUCACACAUCAUGGUGGCUGUGGAGCAGUUCAGAGAGCUGGAACACCAGAUUCUCCGCUGUUGGGGACCAUUUUGUCGAUGGCUGGUGAUUUUAGACGAUGAUAAAGAAGACAGUCCUAUUAUUUUGGAUGAGCUGAUAGGCCAGAUAAAAGAUGAACGGCGUCUCGUCAUUGUGUCAUCGCGGGGAAUUAACUGCUUGGAUGACAAAUACAAAUCAUCUGACGUUUCCGACGACAGCUGGAAUGGUUGCCUGAACAUCAAAGUCAGACUGAACGGGGACAGCUACGAAUGCCACCUGCGGGACCUGGUGGCAGGAGUCGAUGCUCUCAAGUCACUGCUGGACGAAAAGCCGGCGCUCUUGCUGGCUCUGGCACGACUGUCGCAACCUCUGAGGAUGGGCCGGGAGCUGGAAACGUUGCCUGCACACUACGUAACAAGGGAGUUGGCGGACCAGAGGCUACUGACGGACGAGUUCUUCUCGUCUCUGGAUAGGAUUCGCGAGUGUGAAAGUAAACAACAAAAAGUCCAGCUCGAAGCACAGGACACUAGUAGAAACACAGUGAUCGUGGUGGGCAGACCCGGAGUGGGCAAGUCGAUCAUGCUGUCGUAUGUGGCGAAGAAAAUAAAAGAAAGGGUCCCCGGCUGUUGGCUAUUAAGAGUUAAUCUUUUGGAGUUUUACACGGUUUUAGAGCACAGUGAUAGCGACGAGAAAGCUGUGGAAGGCAUCUUAAGGGGGUCAGUCUUUAGGAAGGGCGAGUUUGGCGAAAUGGAAUACACACUACUUCGCUACAAUCUGCUAGAGUCCCCAAGAGUGGUCUGUCUCGUGGAUGGCUUCGACGAGGUGUGCCCAGAUUACAUCAGAAGGUGUCUCGGGGUGUUGCCUCUGCUGUCACCACGCGAGGGCAAGCUCCUGGUGACGACAAGGCCAGAAACUGUCAAGCUCUUGAAGGCUCAGAUGCGUGUGAAUGCACACCCGCUGGAGCCUUUCAGUAACCUAGAGCUAAAAGAAUUCUUCAGACGCCACUCCUCGGCGGGAAACAUCCAGCGCUUCCGUAGUCUUAACAAGGGCGUGAGGAAUCUUCUAAGAACCCCUCUGUUUGCUGAAAUGUUUGCAAAUCUACCUCAAGAAUUAGGUGAGAAAUACGACAUUGUGACGCUGUACGAAGCUUUCUUUGGAAAUAAAUUCAGGAGGCUUUAUGAGGAGAAAUAUGGUGACAACUUUUCCGCUCCUGGGAAGAAGAUGGAAGUGAAGGAGGCACAGAAGAAGCAUGAGGAACAGUUGAUGCUCCUCGCAGCAUCGGUUCUGUUGCGCGGUCCAGACAUACCGGUAAAGCUGUCAUUGAAGAGGGACUACUUCGUGAAGGCCGGAAUUGUGUACGAGUUUGUCGAUGGGAAGCCAGCGUUUCUGCACAGGACAUUCGCCGAACACUUCCUCGCCAAAUGGUGUUUCCUCGGGGAUGGAAAGCAGAGUCGUGCAGCACUGUACCGCAAGGCCUACGUGCGCAAUCGACUCGAGUUCUUUGUGGAGUCCUUCAACCGCAGGGCAGUGAGGGGUCGGCCGCUGCUGGAGGCGGUACUGGACGGCGACGAGGGCAAGGUGCAGGCGCUGAUGGCCGAGGGUGCCGACCCCGGACAGACAGACGAGUGCGGGCGCAACGCACUGCAUCUGACUGCAGCCACUGGUACGGCAGGGUACGGCAGGGGUUUCUUCAUCUCUAUGCUGCAGCGACUGUGGGGAGACGCUUGGGAGGCUACGUUGUCUGCUGUGGACGGCCUGCUCGGGUGGACCCCCAUGAGGUACGCUGCUGAGGGUGGACGCUGGUUCGCCUUGUACAAGCUGCUGUUGGCUGGCGGUGACCUCAGCCACCUCGGAGACUUCCAGGCUGGACUGCACGACCCUGAAACGUUGCAGGGCAUAUUCGAACAGUAUGGAUACUGGAUGCUGUACCAGCAUGUCAUCGAGGGGAAACAUCCCGUAAAGGAAAGCAUGGAAGAACAAAUCGAGUUUGCUGUAUCCUUGAUCUCUGCAAAGGUGCGAAGAAAAUGUCUCAAUCUCAUCUGCCACAAGGCCAGGAAGAAAGGGCAUAUGACGGUGUGCAGUUUCCUCCUGGCAGUUGAGAACUUGAGAAUUUCAGAAGAAGUUAUGUCUUUUGGCCAGAAGAGAGAAAGCAGCAGUUUGAGCCACAGCUCUGCUACGGAGGUUCCAGAUAGUGGCGCCACACCCCAGACAGACGUGCUGUCUUCAGCGGCCACCAGUGGCAGUGGGCAGUCAGAGGCACAGAACACGGGGACAAACGAAAGUGGCAUCGACUCGUUUCUGAGUUACUGAGCCAGCUUCUCUCGACACAAAUAACGUAUCUUAUGUCAAAGAGAUACAGGGGGAAAACUAUAUUUGUAAAAUGAAGUACACGGUGUUUCAAAAAGAAUAACCUGAUUUCAAAACUCAAUAUUUAUUGAUAAAAAUAUACUACAAACAUGGGAUUAAUAGCAAAAUACUCAAAAAAUGUUAAAGUUUUAGCUAAGCUAUUACAAAUGCCCUAUGUGUCCAGCAGCAGCUGCGCGAGCAAAUCCAGACAAUUGUUAAAUUCGUCAUAAACUUUACACAACGCAUCUGCUUUUACAGAAAUACGGCGGCUGUUAUUCUGUUCUUCACUUCUUCUGUGCCACGAGCUGGAGGGGAAAUGAGCACACUUUCCUACACACAUUCCCACAAGACGAAACCGCAUGGAGUCAUGUCUGGCGAUCCUGGAUGUCAAGAAUGCAGGGCAGUGUAUGAGGGUCCCAUGCGCCCUAUCCAGCGUUGGGGCUGAGCGUCACUGAGGAACUGAUAUACGUUGUUGUGCCCUGUGGUGGAGCUCCAUCCUGUUGGACAAAUGGUUCAAAUGGCUCUGAGCACUAUGCUACUUAACUUCUGAGGUCAUCAUUAGCCUAGAACUUAGAACUAAUUAAACCUAACUAACCUAAGGACAUCACACACAUCCAUGCCCGAGGCAGGAGUCGAACCUGCGACCGUAGCGGUCGCUCGGCUCCAGACUGUAGCACCUAGAACCGCACGGCCACUCCGGCCGGCUCCUGUUGGAAAAUGAAGUCGUUGGAGUCGUAGCGAGUAGAGUUUCGUGGACUCCGCUCAAACGUUCGCCGAAUUCUUUCCACCAUUUCAUCACCUGGACUCUUACUUUUGUCGAAGCAACCUCUCUUUACAUUGGCGAUACCAACGACGAAUAUUGUUGGGUGCAAGUGGCUCAGUCCCAAAGCGCUGACGUAAAGCACGCUAGACCGAAACUCCUUGCAAACUACAGCACACAAGACGCUGUCUGUUGAGCUGACUUUAAACUGAGAAGACGCUUUGAAUGACAAAUACGUGAUUUUCUGAAGCUCUAGGUCACGCCAAUUCCAGACGACACAGAUUUCAUUGCUGGCACGUCCCACGUUUCGUACUUAUUACCGCCCAAAAUCAGGUCAAUCUUUUCACAACUCCGUGUACUUUCUUAAUUCAUGUACUGCAUUUAUUUACUUAAAUAUGAAUUUUUCGUACU